AUGGCCUACAGUACCUUGGAAUGCAUCGAUCACUUCAAAAAGUCCAAGGAGCGAAUAAAUGGAGAAAAAUAUAAUUAUUGCUGGAAAUUUGUUCCAUUCACUCGCAGUGCGAAAUCAGCCAACAUUCAAUGUCAUGGGUAUAGGGGACGUCUAGUCGCAAUAACAAGCGCAUCAAAAGCCAAAAAACUCUCUGCAUUUGUUAAAGAAAUUGUACAGCAUGGAACUGGCAGGGGCCGGAAAGUAAAGAAAAAGUUCAAAGAGGUCUGGAUCUCGGAUAUCAAAGAUGGUAAAUGGAGGGCCAAGGGCUUUAAGGUUGAUAAAAAGGCUACGAAUGAAGCAGCCAUUAAACCGGGAGCACAUUGCGUAGUUUUCAAUUACGUCACGGCCAAGUGGCGGUAUGAAAAGUGUUCUAAGUCAUACUACAUGAUUUGUGAAAGCACCAAAGUAAUGUUACCGGAUGACGUGGACGCAGAGGACAAGCCAUUUCCACCGUCCAGUCUUAAACCAACACCACCUCCGCCUGUUGGAGCCAAACUGUCCUGUCCUCCAAGGUAUUUCGGAUAUGGCAAACAUUGUUACUUCAUUGGUCAAGUCACGGAAACACAAGCGCAAGCAGAAACAACGUGUCACAAGACGGGCGGUAAUUUGGUCUGGAUAUCGGAUAAUGCAAAGUACAACCAGGUCAAGGGAGUUGUUAGAUCACAUCGAGGUAAAUUCAAGAAAAUACUUCACGGCGCUUGGCUUAUGCGAUUAGAAGGAAAUGGCUUUAUUAUCAAAUGGAAGGAAUUCGGGACGAAUGCGAGAUUUCUUUUCAACAAAGAAACUAUGCAGUUUCGGAGUAACUUUGAAAAGGGUAAAAUGCCAAAUUUGUAUAUCUAUGAAGAUGGAUCAAUAUAUAAAUGUUUUAAAAAAUGCAUGGACGUGGGAGCUUUUUGCGAGUCACCACGUAGAGUUUUAACAGAGAAAGAGCAACAAUUAGCUGCAAAGAUAGCAACGGAGAAGAAAAAAACAGCUACAGUAAAGAAAACAAAUGCAGCGAAGAAAGCAGCGAAACGAAAACAAGCCAAAGCGAAGAUAGCAGCGAAACGAAAACAAGCCAAGAAAAUUGUGAAAGCGAAGAUAGCAGCGAAACGAAAACAAGCCAAGAAAAUUGUGAAAGCGAAGAAAACAGUCAAGACAAAAAAGGCAAAGAAAAUUGUGAAAACGCAUCAAAGCAAGUCACAGAAACACUUAAAUAGAAAUUCAAAGUCAAAAUCCUCUAAACCAUUAAAGAAACAGAAUAGUUACACUCACAAAGAAAAACCAAAGACACAAUAUCUUAACAAACCUAAAACUAAAAUUGAAGAGGAAACAAGUGUGUUGGAACCGGAGCAGACGAGCCAAACUCCCGCAAAAGCUGAUAACGUGACACAGCAGAUGAAACCACAGACGACCGAUAUGAGUAAAGUUAAUAAAUCUCGUCCGAUGAAAAAAGACCCAGAUGAAAGCAAUGUAGCCGUUAAAUCUAAUGAGUUUCUCUCGUCAAGUGGCUCCUCACAUCACGUGACUAUUUAUCAGUAUCACAUUUUUCUACUAACGUGCAUGUUCUUAUAUGACAUAACGGGUCAGUGAUCGUCUUUUGAUUAAUAGAACUUGUAGCCAGAAAUAAAAUUCUUCAUAUAAAAGA